GUAUACGCCAUAUUGAGUUAUUUUUCCGGAUCCCAUGCCUAACUAUCCCCGGACAUGAACUUACGGUGAAACUGAGUGCGAUUGUUUGUGCGAGACAUUAAUUUUUAAUUGAAUAUAUCAAUUUUAAAUGUAGGAAAGUGGCAGGACAUUUUAUAUUCUCCCAUUCCAAGGCAUACGAAUUGACGAAACACAAACUUCCGGCAAUUUGGUGCCAUAAAAUGUUUGCCACCAAUAUCCGUUUGGUCGCCCUCGCCACUGCCGUUGUCCUAGUGCCGUGAGCCGCCUUGCUCUUCCGCUUAUUUCCGGUGCUGCCGUUUCCGCCAUUUUACAUUUGCAAUUCGAAUUGCCGCGCAAGGGCUUUGCGAUUGCCGAUUGCCAUUGACGUUUUCUAUUUUUCUGUUGCAUAUGCGUCGGCUAAUUAGCAUGCGGAUUUUGCAGCAGCAGCACGAAUCCGAGUAGAGCGCACAAUAGGAAUAAUAACGCGGAAUGGAAGAGGAUGUGUAUGCCUCGCUAGGUUCCUACAACGACAGCGUCGGAUUCGGCGCCGGGGACUGGAGCAGCGCCGAGCAGCUGGAGCUCUGGACAGCCGAGGAGGAGGAGACGGAGGGCGUAUUGCCCAUCGGCAACGGAAGCCAUCAGCAUAAUCCCCAUCUGGCUGGGAGGUGGAACGUCAGCCGCGCCAAUACCACCGUUUGGCCCACUGUCGCGGACGUGCCCUUUGACGCAAACAACUACUGGGCAUUGUUAGCCCUCGUCCUGGUCCUGGGCACGGCCGCCGGGAACAUCCUUGUCUGCCUGGCCAUCGCCUGGGAACGCCGGCUACAGAAUGUGACGAACUACUUCCUUAUGUCGCUGGCCAUUACCGAUCUGAUGGUCGCCGUUCUGGUCAUGCCGCUGGGCAUCCUUACUCUGGUCAAAGGAUACUUUCCGCUGGGCUCGGAGCACUGCCUGACCUGGAUCUGCCUGGACGUUCUCUUCUGCACGGCCAGCAUCAUGCACCUGUGCACAAUCUCCGUGGACCGUUAUUUAUCGCUGCGCUACCCGAUGAGAUUUGGCCGGAACAAGACCAGGCGGCGGGUCACCCUCAAAAUCGUGUUCGUGUGGCUCCUGAGCAUCGCCAUGAGCCUGCCCCUGAGCCUGAUGUACUCGAAGAAUCACGCCUCCGUACUGGUGAAUGGUACCUGCCAGAUACCGGAUCCGGUGUACAAGCUGGUCGGCUCCAUUGUGUGCUUCUAUAUUCCGCUGGGCGUGAUGCUGCUGACGUACUGCCUCACCGUGCGCCUCCUGGCCCGGCAGCGCCAAAACUUGGGUGGCGGCCAGCAGACGGCAGCCGCCACUCCCGGAUGGGCCAGCGGCUGGCUGGGCCAGGCACCGGCCUUGGAACGGAGAUGCACCUGGCGACGACUCUUAAAGCCGGGCCCGGGCCACGCCUCCUCCGUGCUACACGCCCACUCCGCAAACUCCACAGACACAGACCUCAGCACACUGGACAACCACGAGCUGUGGCUACCGGACUCCAGCAUAAAGGAGCCGACGCCCACGACGAUGACGGCUCUCCAUCAGUUUGGAGCCGAGAUGCUGAAGCUGUCCCGCGGCCUGGAAUCGGUGGCUUCCUCCUCAACGACUGGAUCGCCCACCAAGUCCGAGUUUUCACUAUCCAAUCACCUGCAAUUCCCCUGCAGCCCGCAGCGUUACGCCCCCCACCAUCCGCCCCUGCAACACCAGCAGCUCCAUCCGCCGGGGAGCAGGGAGUCCUACCAUCAGCAGCAGGUCACCGCCAUCUCGCCCAAGGGUCGCCAUGGAGCCGCAGUCAUGGGACUGUCCACCACCACUCUGGGCAUUGAGCGGGAGAGCACCCGGAACUCGUUGGCCAGCAGUCGCCUGGGCGGAGAGCAGAGCGAUGGGACUCUCUCACAGCUCUCCCAGCGACUCAGAGCCUACAAAAUGCGCCGGAGAGCUUCGUCAGCGGUUUCUGGACGCGAUCGACGCUCCGGUCACGAGGACGCUGACGACGAUCUGGACACUCCAACAUCCACCCUGCGUCGUCACAAGCGCCACAACAGCCUGCCCAAGAAUGCACUCUACCCACGACACACAACGGUCGAGGAGAGCCUUGACGACGACGACCACAACGACCACGAAGACGAGGUGGAAGAGGAGGACCGAAACGGACUAAAGGCCACGGCAAUAGCCAAGGGGUGUCACUCGGACACCGAGCUAGAUCCGCCCCAGAACCCCAAACAGUGCCACGCAAAUAGCCAGGAUCACCCGUCGGAGUACCUGCAACUUCCCUCCGUUUGCACAUGUCCCUAUUUCGGAGACAGGCCGCUGCAGAACUGCGUAAAGACCGCCGAGGUGAAGAUCAUUUCAUCCGCGUUCCGAGUGACCACCACCACCACCACGACCACGGCUGUAAGUAGUUCGCCCAGCGAAAUGGAGCUACUACUGCGCAGUGGUGGUGGGAGCAAAAAGGCUCUGACCUCUAGUGUGAGUGCAGGAAUAGCGGGCGGCGGAUCGGCGGGCUCUGCAGGCGGAGCCCCUCCAUCGACCGGAGGCUCCACCCUCAGUCCUCACUCAGCCAACCAACAGGGCAGCUCUCUGACAGUUCAGAGCGACAGCAGUGGUUACCUGGCCGCGCCCGGAACUCCGUGUCCUGGCCGGAGAAAGCUGAGUAUCUCGAAGACCGCCUCGGUGGUCACCUGGGAUGCCAGUCGCCAUCGGAGGCGCGGCAGUAGCUUCGGUGGAGUGCGCACCUCCCUGCUUUUGACCCCUACCAAAACGGCCACCGCCUCCACUUCAUCUACACCGCUGCGGAGAUCGGCCACACUGAGGAGCCACCAGAAUAUGAACUAUCAGGGAGGCGGGGAGUGUGGCGGUGGCGGCAAGACCAGGACAACCACCUCAUCGCCGUGCAUGCUGCAGAGACAACAAACCGUGCGAUCUCAUCACUCGAGGAACUCCAGCGUGAUCUCGAGAAACUCAUCGCGUCACGGCAGGAUCAUACGGCUGGAGCAAAAGGCAACCAAGGUCCUAGGCGUGGUUUUCUUCACCUUUGUGAUCCUGUGGUCGCCUUUCUUCGUCCUGAACCUCCUGCCCACGGUGUGUGCGGAGUGCGAGGAGCGGAUCAGCCACUGGGUCUUCGACGUGGUCACCUGGCUGGGGUACGCAAGCUCCAUGGUCAACCCCAUCUUUUACACCAUAUUCAACAAGGUAUUCCGGCAGGCCUUCAAGAAGGUCCUGCUGUGCCGCUAUUCCAGCACGAGUGCCUGGCGCCCCAGCAGAUAG